AUGAAUAUUAUAACAUCAUAAAUACAUCAAUCAAAGUCAGAAGUCCAAGAAAUUGUUUGUCAAAUUCAUAAACAAGAAAUAGUUGCCAUAGAUCUAGAUAUAUAAGAAAAAGGUAAUUAUUAAUAUUUGUGUUGCAAUUGCUUAGUUGAAAAAAUGAAUAAUAACAAAAUCUCAACAAUUGAAUAGACAAAAGAUAGAAUAAAAGCCUUACAGAAAUAAAGAUAAGAAAAUAAAAUUAAGGAAAUACAAAUAAGGCUGGAUAACUUCAAAAUAAUACAAGAAUAAAUAAUGGAAUUUAAAUGUAAUGUAGAGAAUACUUUGGAAAAGAUAUAUAGUCAGAUAAAAGCACAAAUAUUUACCAUUUAAAAAGAAAAAUAAUCUUUAUUAGACAAUUUUUAAAUUUAACAUAAUUUCUAAGAGGAAGUUAAAUCUCUUUCUGAAUUUCUUUCAACAGAGACUUAAGAAAAAUAAUUAGAGUCGAUUUAUGAUAGUUAAUUUAUAGAUGAAAUUGUUAAACAAUUUGACCUUAUAUUUAAUAGUGCAUCAUAUUUCUAAACAAUUGACACUUUUAAGGAUUGUAAAUAGAAAAUUAAUGAAAUUAAUUAAAAUAACUAGAUUGAAUUAAUGUCAUUACAAAAUAAAAAUAGUUAAGUAAAUAUUCUCGCUAUUUAAGAAAACUCCUAGUUUAAAUAAGAUUUGUUCUGCUCAUAAUAAAGAAAUUAUUAUGAUUGACAUAGAUAGUAAACUUAAAAAUAUAGAAGAGAGAUUUGCCUGUGUUGAUUGCAUUAGUGAUCAUCCCAAUUGCUAAUAUAGAACUAUUGAAAAAAUUAAUUAGUAGUGGAAUAAUGCCAAGAAGUAGCAGGAUAGAAUAUUUUCUGAUUUAAAGAUAAAGAGAUAAGAAAAAUAGGAAAAAUUGAAUUAAUAGAUUUCUAUAAUGAGAAAAAAUUACAACUAGUAACUGAAUGAAAUCAGUGAGAAAUUAAUAACAGAAUUUUCUAUGCCAAAAAGUAAGUCUAUUGAGAUUAAUAAAAUAAAAUAAACUUCUCUAUAACAAUUAAGUAAUGAAGAAUUACUUUAAAAUAUUAAUGAAAUAAUACUAAACGAAAAAGAAAAUUUAGUUUAAGAUUCAAAAGUAGAGUAUUUGAAAUCUAAAGAUACUUUAUUUUUAAAAGAGAUUGAAAGCAAAUUAGAAAAUUUAAAAUAACAUGAUCAAUUAGAUAUUUAAGAAUCUAUAAAUAUUUUGAAGGAUGUGCAGAGUAUUUAAAAUUAUUUUAUUUUUAGAUGAUAGCCAAAUCUAAAGAAUUUUCCAAUUAUCAUAAUAAAUUUAGGAGACUACAUAAGUAAAUUAAGAAUAACUAAUCUUAAAAUAAGAUUUAGAUGAACUCAUAAAUUCUUCAAAAUAUAUUUAUUGUUAAAAGAGUUUACUGAAUGAAUCAAUUCAGAAAUUUUAAGAACACCUUACAAAAAUAUAAACUUUGGGUAGGAAAUUGCAAUAAAUCCCAGAUAAUUUGCUUAUGGCAAACUUAAAUACUUAAACCAAUGAUUAUAAGAAUACAUUUGAAAAAGAUUUUCAAUAGUUUAUGAAAUUUUGUGAAAUAGAAAAUCUUGAGAAAAAUUUUGAAACACUACAAUAAGACCAUAAGAGAUUAGAAUUAGAGAGUAUAAAUAUUUUCAAUAAAUUAGGAAACCAAUAUUAAGAAUCCAUUGAGAAAGACUACAAGUUGGAGAUAUAAAGAUAGAAUGACAUUAUUGAAGAGCUAAAAUAACUUGUAAAUGAUACUGAAUUUAAACUUAAAUAGAAAGUAGAAUAAGAGUAAUUGUUAAAUGAAAAGCUGAAAGUGGAAAAUGCUAAUAAUACUAAAUUGCAAUUACAAUUAAAUGACUAGUAAGAUAAGCAUGAAAAUGAAAUAAAAUCACUAAACGAAAAAAUAAAUUAAUCAGAGAUAUAAAUAAAUAAAAUUCAAAAUAAUUUAGAUAUUAGAAUUUAAGCAUCUAUUUUUUUGGAUAUAUACUAGAUUGAAAUUUAAUUGAAAAUAAUUUUGAUUAAGAGUUUUUUAUAAGAAAUUCAAAUCAAAAAAUUAUUUAAAACUGUUUUUCAUCGAAAACAUAUUUAAACCAAAAAUUUAGCAAAUAUAUGCUAAAUUAAAAAGGGUGGAAAUAAUGAAUUAUAACUAAAAAUUUUUUUCCCAUUUAUUGAUCAUAAAUAUAGCUAGAAAAUUCGAGAAUUAAAAUGUCAAUCAAUUAUUAAAGAUUUUUUGCUAUUCAAUUAUUAUUUGAGCCUUUUGGCAUUAGGAAAGACUAAGAAUUUCCUUUUUAAAUAAAAUCAAUAUGAGUUUUACCGGCUAUGUAUCUUUCUAAUUGAUAAAUGA